GCCCGCGUCCGCGGAGCCGGAGGAGGCGGAGCUGGCUUGUCCCGGCUCCAGAGCGGAGCGGCAGCCGAGGAGGCGGUGCGGCGAGUCAGGGCGGCCGAGGCUCGGGCGCAGAGGCCUGAGAGGCUGGCAGGAGACGGUGGUAGUGCGGGGAGAGCGGCGCCACGGGCUGGGCGCUCCCGGCGUGAGGCGUGCGCUCCAUGCGUGCGGGCCGAGCGCGGCCCCUGCGAGCCUCCGACAUGAAGAAAGACGUGCGGAUCCUGCUGGUGGGAGAACCUAGAGUUGGGAAGACAUCACUGAUUAUGUCUCUGGUCAGUGAAGAAUUUCCAGAAGAGGUUCCUCCUCGGGCAGAAGAAAUCACCAUUCCAGCUGAUGUCACCCCUGAGAGAGUUCCAACACACAUUGUUGAUUACUCAGAAGCAGAGCAGAGUGAUGAACAACUUCAUCAGGAAAUAUCACAGGCUAAUGUCAUCUGCAUAGUUUAUGCUGUUAACAACAAACAUUCUAUUGAUAAGGUAACAAGCCGAUGGAUUCCACUCAUAAAUGAAAGAACAGACAAAGACAGCAGGCUGCCUUUGAUAUUAGUUGGGAACAAAUCUGACUUGGUGGAAUAUAGUAGUAUGGAGACCAUCCUUCCUAUUAUGAACCAAUAUACAGAAAUAGAAACCUGUGUGGAGUGUUCAGCAAAAAACCUGAAGAAUAUAUCAGAGCUGUUUUAUUAUGCACAGAAAGCUGUUCUUCAUCCUACAGGGCCUCUGUACUGCCCAGAGGAGAAAGAGAUGAAACCAGCUUGUAUAAAAGCCCUCACUCGUAUAUUUAAAAUAUCUGAUCAAGAUAAUGAUGGCACUCUGAAUGAUGCUGAACUCAACUUCUUUCAGAGAAUUUGUUUCAACACUCCUUUAGCUCCUCAAGCUCUGGAAGAUGUCAAGAAUGUGGUUAGAAAACACUUAAGUGACGGUGUGGCUGACAGUGGGUUGACUCUGAGAGGUUUUCUCUUUUUACAUACACUUUUUAUCCAGAGGGGGAGGCAUGAGACUACUUGGACUGUACUUCGACGAUUUGGUUAUGAUGAUGAUCUGGAUCUGACACCUGAGUAUUUAUUCCCCCUGCUAAAAAUACCUCCUGAUUGUACUACUGAAUUAAAUCAUCACGCAUAUUUGUUUCUCCAAAGCACCUUUGACAAACAUGAUUUGGACAGAGACUGUGCUUUGUCACCUGAUGAACUUAAAGAUUUAUUCAAAGUUUUCCCUUACAUACCUUGGGGACCAGAUGUAAAUAACACAGUCUGCACAAAUGAAAGAGGCUGGAUAACCUACCAGGGAUUCCUUUCCCAGUGGACGCUCACAACCUACUUAGAUGUACAGCGUUGCCUGGAGUAUUUGGGCUAUCUAGGCUAUUCCAUACUGACGGAACAAGAAUCUCAAGCUUCAGCCAUUACAGUAACAAGAGAUAAAAAGAUUGACCUGCAGAAAAAACAGACUCAGAGAAAUGUGUUCAGAUGUAAUGUAAUUGGAGUGAAAGGCUGUGGGAAAAGCGGAGUUCUUCAGGCCCUCCUUGGAAGAAACCUAAUGAGACAGAAGAAAAUUCGUGAUGAUCAUAAGUCCUAUUAUGCAAUUAACACUGUCUAUGUAUAUGGGCAAGAGAAAUAUUUGUUGCUGCACAAUAUCUCUGAGUCGGAAUUUCUAACUGAGACUGAGGUCAUUUGUGAUGUUGUAUGCCUGGUGUAUGAUGUCACUAAUCCCAGAUCCUUUGAAUACUGUGCCAGGAUUUUUAAGCAACAUUUUAUGGACAGCAGAAUUCCCUGCUUAAUUGUAGCUGCAAAGUCAGACCUGCAUGAAGUUAAACAAGAACAUAGUAUCUCACCUACUGAUUUCUGCAGGAAACACAAAAUGCCUCCACCUCAAGCCUUCACUUGCAACACUGCUGAUGCACCCAGUAAGGAUAUCUUUGUUAAGUUGACAACAAUGGCCAUGUACCCAGAGGAUCAUUACAGAGGCAGCCUCUCCCGAGACAUGGGCAGCACUGAUAGAAUAGAGAAUUUGAGAAAAAUCUGGGUCUUUCUAAAAACUGCUUUCCAUGCCCGGUUACGCUGUAUGUGCACCUGCAACAGGUGUACAUUUUGCAUCUGUCAGAACUUCCUCAACUCAGACUUGCUGCAAUCUGUAAAGAACAAAAUCUUCACUGCAGUUCUUAACAGGUUAAAAGCCCGUGUAGCUGAGUGGGGUGCCAUGCUGUUAGCAGACGACGAAGGCAGUGUUACUCACCAGGUGCACGCCGUCAGCUCUAUAGAAGAUUCCAUCUUCAUGGAGUCAUCUCAUGGUCAGCUUUUUCUUGAUGACAGGCACGUGACACAAGCUGACCUCAAGAGCUCCACGUUCUGGCUUCGAGCGAGUUUUGGUGCUACUGUUUUUGCAGUUUUGGGCUUUGCUAUGUACAAAGCAUUAUUGAAACAGCGAUGAUUAAAAAUAAUAAUAAUAAUAAUAACCGGCCUACCAAAAGCAAAUACUUUUAUGUACAUUCUGAAUGCUUUAAAUUCUGCUAGAAAUAUUGAGAUAUUUAUACAUGCAGAGUUACUUUAUUAAUAUUUGUAAUUCAUGCAUAAGAGUAUUUUACUGAUAGUAAUGACUGCAGUAUUAGCUGGCAUGUGGAAAGAAAACACCUUAGUAGCCAAACUUAAGUGGCUAAAUUUCAGAGGCCAAAAGGGAAUAUUUUGUAAAUAAUGUAUAUAUUCAAGCAAGAUAUGGUCUCCCAAACUGAGUUCUAGAAAUGGUGUUUGCAGACAUUUCUACAUUAGUGUCAUAGUGUUCACUUGGCUCACUCUGCUAGGUGUCAGUCACCAGAGACUGUGUUACUCAUGGAUCACAUAUUUAUUUCACGUUGACUCAGAAUGACCCUUUGGCUUCUACAGCCAUUUCUCUCUAUUUUUAAGAUCACACAGGAGUCAAGGUCAGCUUUCCAAAACCACUUUGUUUCUGCUACUUACGGUAGGCCAGCAUCAAAGCCAUUGUGAAAUCUAGAAAAUUGUGUAUCUGGGUGUGUGGCUGAGGAACUGAGGCAGAAGCAGUUCGCAGAGGUGUUACCUAUGUGACUACAUUGCUUCUUUGUCAGUGUGUGGGAUUUUAUAGCCCUUUCAAUCAAAUGAGAAAACAAUUUGUAUAUUAUCAGUGUUUUCAGUUUAAAUAAACAAGCCACCCUGACCACUGCUGAGUUUCACCUCAAGUGGAGACCGUUCUAGAGUGGCCGUGUCUGUUGUAGUGUCGCCUAGCUGCAUGUGUUGUGAAGUCUUCUGCAUCUGGCCAGGAUAAUCUAGAGGCAACACUUUUUUAAUGGUAAAAUAAAUCUAAUGACUAUAAACUCUCACAAGAAACCUAUUUUUUCCAUCAUUGACCUUUUCAGGUAUUUAAAUAAAUAACUGCUGUGUAAUGUGAUCUUGGGUUUUUGUGUCUUAUAAAGUAAGUGUCUCUGUUCACAUGUAUGGCAGCUCCUCUGGUUUCUACCUUUCUUAGGUUAGAGAUUAUUUUUUAUACAAAAACAUAAUACUCAGUAGGAAGGAAGCUGAAUAGGAUUUGUGUGUCUAGAUCUGUCUACAGUCUAGAGGUGUGUCCUCCGAGGCCAGUGUGCCUCUCCCUGCGCCGACUGCUGUGGCCUCUGCUGGCUCAUGUUAGUCUUCACCUUUAAGAUGAUGCUUCUUCCCUCCACUGUUCUGAGGAUAGUUUCUCACAUGAUCACACUUCAUGAGCAACUAAUAGCAACUUCGUGCAUUAUAAACUUGUUCUCUUGCUUAUUCCCUGUCUUUCCUUCCUCUUCCCAUUUUCAUUCUGAGUUUGAAGAAAAAAAAAUUAAACAUGGCAACACCUCAUUUUUAUCAUUUUCUUUAAAUUUUGUAUUUCACUGUAUUUAUUUUAUAUAUCUGUGUGUAUAUGGGCCCGUGUGUGUGGUCAGAAGACACAUUAGAGGAGUCAGUCCUCUGGUACAGUGUGGUCUUGGCGUGGAACUCAAGCUGGCAGUCUUGGUAAGCAGGUGCCUUUGCCCGCUGAGCUAUCUCUCAGGCCCUUAAUUUUCAUUGUUUUCUGACAAUUUCCCAUGUACCAAAUAAAUUGAUCUCAGUUGCACACUC